GGAUGUCUGAUUCAAAGGAGGCAGAUGACGUACGGAGGGAAGAGGGGGAGGAGGAGGAGGAGAAUGGGGAGGAGGAGGAGGAGGAGGAGGAGGAGGAGGAGGAGGAGGAGGAGGAGGAGGAGGAGGAGGAGGAGGAGGAGGGGGAGGGGGAGGAGGAGGAGGAGGAGGAGGAGGAGGAGGAGGAGGAGGAGGAGGAGGAGGAGAAGGAAGAAGCAGAGAGCACAUCAGCAGCAACAGCAGUAGCUUGGAGCAGGGUGCUGGCCCGGUUGGCAGAGGGCGCAACAGACUGAGAAGAUUCGCCAGAUUGGGCGGCCACAAC